AUGGCGCGCGGCAGCAACUCCAACACCAAUUCUCCGCUCCUUCACUCGCGUUCGUCUGCUGCUGCAAUAUCAUCAUCUAGACUUAAUAUUCCACCGUUGACGCAACCAUGCAUUCGCCGAUCUCUGUCGUGGUUCACCUGGUCGAAACCGACCGCUACGCCGUCCCCAGAUACCGUCGCAGAGAUUGCGCGCCUCGAGGCAGAGGCUAAUACAGACCCGAACAACGUUCAAGCGCACGAAGAGCUCUUUCGUGCUCUGGCGGCGACCAAGACAAAAGCCGGGUAUGACCUCAUCAUGAGUCGGUGGGAACGAAUGUGUGAAGCCAAUCCAGGGUCGCCGUUGAUCGACUCCGACACAUCCUUUCGAUUAUAUCUUCUUGCACUGGUGGAAUCUGGUCUCCAAUCGUCCGUAAACCUUGCCAUCCGGAGGAGGGACUCCAUCCUGGGUGCUGCACAAGCAGCAGCAGCCUCUUCUAGUAAUGACUCAAACGUUGCCUCGGAUACCUCUCCAGCUUCUCCGGACCAACACGAGCCCGCACCUGCACAAGCCGACCAGCCAUCUCCAUCUACACCGCCGACCGGAUCCCCAACACUGCAAACUCGAAGCCAGAUGAUAGCCUCCGAACUACUUGCGAAUCGAACGAAGUCGUUUGCCGAAUCUUCUACACAAACUGCUAGUCCGGCAAUGGCGGGUCUAAUCGAGGCAUUGAGCAAAGGCGGUGGUCGCAGUAAUAGUCCAAUCCACGUUACUCUCAGCGAACCCAAAGGAUCCGUCGUUUUGCGACUUGUUAGAUUCUUGGUGUUGACGGCAAUGUCAGGCUUCUUUAUCUUGGUCGUUCUUUCCGUUCUUUUGGAGAACUCCGGUUUGAUGAAAACUGUACCACGCCAAGCGGAGUUUGAGCCCCUCCAGCAAAAGACCGUCAAAUUCAGUGACGUGCAUGGCGUUGAUGAGGUCAAACAGGAACUUGCUGACGUAGUCGCAUUCUUGAAAGAUCCGACCACGUUUGCCAGUCUUGGUGGUAAGCUCCCCAAAGGCAUUCUGCUCACAGGGCCCCCUGGUACCGGAAAGACGAUGCUGGCAAGAGCCAUUGCUGGAGAAGCUGGCGUCCCGUUCUUCUUCUCUUCAGGGUCCGAGUUCGAGGAGAUGUUUGUGGGCGUUGGGGCGAAACGCGUUAGAGAGCUAUUCGCUACCGCACGCAAGAGACAGCCUGCCAUAAUUUUCAUUGACGAACUGGAUGCUGUGGGGGGGAAAAGAUCACAGCGCGAUCAGCACUAUAUGAAACAAACCCUGAACCAGCUUUUAGUGGAGAUGGACGGGUUUCAACAAUCUGAGGGUGUUAUCGUCAUUGCAGCUACCAACUUUCCGGAAAGCCUAGAUCCUGCUCUCACGCGCCCUGGGCGCUUUGAUCGGCACAUAGCUGUUCCCCUCCCUGAUAUCCGUGGUCGGGUGCAGCUCCUUACGCACUUCAUGAGGGAUGUCGUCACUAGCAAAUCUGUCGAUCCUAUGGUCGUUGCGAGAGGAACACCCGGGUUCUCUGGGGCAGAGCUCCAAAACAUGGUCAAUCAAGCAGCAAUUCAGGCGUCUAAGGAAGGAUGUAAGGAGAUUACCCUCAAACAUUUUGAGUGGGCAAAGGACCGCAUUAUUUUGGGAGCUGAGCGGAAGAGUGCAUACAUCGAUGAGAAAAGCAAACUGCUGACAGCUUAUCAUGAGGGUGGGCAUGCCCUGGCUGCGCUGUACACGGAAGGCGCCAUGCCUUUGCACAAGGUUACCUGUGUUCCACGCGGUCAUGCCUUGGGCGUCACGUCUCAGUUGCCAGAAAAUGAUAUGUUCUCUGUCACACAGACCGAAUACAAGGCAAUCAUUGAUGUAUGUAUGGGUGGGAGAGUAGCGGAGAACUUGAUUUAUGGAGAGGGUGGCUUGACGAGUGGUGCGUCGAGUGAUCUCCAGAAAGCCACGCGGACUGCGACGAUGAUGGUCAAGAGAUGGGGAUUCUCGGAGAAGGUUGGCCCUGUAUACUAUGGGUCAGAAAACGGUAUGAGUCCUGCGACGAGAGACAAGAUCGACACAGAAAUCCGCAGCAUACUGCAGUUGGCCGAGGUACGUGUGAUACGGCUCUUGGAAGAGAGGAAGGAGGAGUUACAUCGGCUUGCCCAUGCCUUGGUUGAGCACGAGACUCUCACAGCAGACGAAGUGAGGAAGGUAAUCAAGGGUGAGCCAAUACGGAAAGUUGAGGAAAAAGUAUCGUCGUCGGUCGUUUCUCAGGAAGCGACGGAACCCUUACCUAUACCUUCGUGAAGGGGUUCAUGGAACGUUUAGAUAGUAGAUGCUGGUUGCACUGAAGGAGGCAUACAUGUAAUGCAUCAAUAAUAAUAUAACUACUUACCUGGUGGCAGGUGAAAA